CUGUACAUGUGUGGUUGUAUCCUGACUUUCUUAUUCUUUAAGGAGAAACAAUUGAUUCCAAACAACCAAAUACACAAUUUAACAGCCAGGCUUCUAAUCUCCGCUUUAUAUUAUCCACAACCCCAACCCGAAACCCUGUAAUUUCCGAAAAGAGCCACCAAUGGAUAAUGUAGUCGUGGGAAUUGUCCUUGAUGUCUUAUGCGGCGAACUAGUGAAUGCCAUCAAGAAAGUAUGGGCCGAAUCCAAAGAAUUCAAACCCCUCUUGAAACAACUCAAAUCAACCCUAGACCGGAUGACCCCAACAUUCGAAGACAUCGAGAGUCUGAACCGGGCCGUCCACCGGCCCGGAACGGAGUACAAGGUUUUCGCCGACCAACUCAACGAAGGGAAGAGCCUCGUGGAGAAGUGCAACAGGGUGCGCUGGUGGAACAAGAGCUCGUACGCGAAGAAGCUGAUCGAGUACGACAGAUCGCUCACGAGGUUCUUCCAGAUCGACGUGACGGCGCAGAUUCUGCAUAGCGUGCGUCGGGUGGAGGUGAAUCAGACUGGGGAGCGGCUGAAGAUACCGGAAGGGCCAAUUCCAUUUUUGGGACUUGAAAUGCCUAAAGAACCUGAAAAACCUAAAGAACCUGAAGAUCCCCUUGAUUUCCUUCGAAAUAGCCCACAGUUCCUAGCCUUGCGUCCACUGUUGCAAUCGAAUCCCCAUAUUUUACAGCUCACGCUUCAGGGACUAGGAAAAAAACACCCCCGUAUUUUAAGACUUAUUGAAGAGCACGAAGCUGAGUUUUAUCAAUUGAUAAAUGCGCCUGUGGACGGUUCAGAUGGGGAUGUAUUUGAUCAACCUGAGCAGGAGAUGCCUCAUGCUAUUAAUUACUCACUAGCAGAGCAGGAGAUGCCUCAUACUAUUAGUGUCAUACUAGCAGAGCAGGAGGCCAUAGAACGACUUGAGGAAAUGGGAUUCGAUAGAGACCUUGUCAUCGAGGCAUUUUUGGCCUGUGACGGCAAUGAAGAACUGGCAGUGAACUAUCUAUUGGAGAAUAAUGCUGGAUAUUUUGAGGAUUAACGGUUCAGGCGAGGAUAUGGAUUAUUCUGAAGACAUUUCUACGGCAACUAAAUAUGGGGUCGGGUUAGCUGAGCCAUGGCACUUUUCAACUUUAUUUCAGUAAUAAAAGAACUGUAGUUUUAAAUUUGUAAUAAAUUGUGACAAUUUGUAAUAAAUGGAAUUGUUAUUUUUUUUUUUUAAA